AUGGCGGAGGAGAAGCCGAGCAGCAAGGUGGAGAGUGAGUCCAAGGAGACGGUUAAUGCCGCUGCCGAUAAGAAGAAGCGCAAGGGGAUUGUGUCUAGGGUUUGGAAUUCUAUUUUUAGACUACACGGCGGCGAUGAUUUUGAGAAGCGGCUGAAAUACAUUUCCAAGGAGGAAGCUGCUGUGUUAACCAGAAUGAAGAAGCGUUCUCUCACUUGGAGGAAGAUGACCAGGAACCUUAUUGCCUUCUCUGUUCUAUUCGAGGUAAUUGCGGUGGGCUAUGCUAUCAUGACUACAAGAACAGAGGAUUUGGAUUGGAAGAUGAGAGCAUUUCGCGUUAUGCCGAUGUUUCUCUUGCCGGCUUUCUCCUCUAUUGCUUACUCUGGUUUUGUGAACUUCACAAAGAUGUGUGACCGCAGGGACCAGAAAACACUAGAGAAGCUUCGGGCUGAAAGGCAACAAAAAAUUGAUGAGCUGAAAGAGAAGACAAAUUAUUACACCACCCAGCAACUCAUUCAGAGAUAUGAUACAGAUCCAGCAGCAAAGGCUGCAGCUGCAAGUGUCCUGGCAUCUAAGCUGGGUGCUGAAUCAGGGUUGAAGUUGUAUGUUGGCGAAGAAUCUGGUUUUACCGAAUCCACAGCAAAAAGCAGUGAUGCUGAGCUUGUUCAAUCAAGCGGUCUUCGACACAGAAAACAAGGACAAGCCAGAUCCAGAAGUGCGGGGAGCACUCCGGUGCAUCCUUCCAAUGACAAUACACCACGAUCCAUGCUAAGUGAAGGCCCCAUUUCUGAGCAAGAACUGGUUGUUGUCGAGCAUCACAACCCCCAGGCAGCUCCUGUGAGUGAUGGGGGAUGGAUUGCUCGGUUGGCUGCGUUAUUGGUAGGCGAGGAUCCGGCUCAUUCUUUUGCACUGAUAUGUGGCAACUGCCAUAUGCACAAUGGGCUUGCUAGGAAAGAGGAUUUCCCAUACAUUACUUACUACUGCCCGCACUGUCACGCCCUCAAUCAGCCGAAGCAAUCAGGGACUGUUUCUGGUCUCAGUACCCCUAACCUGAAUAGUUUGAAACCUGGAGGAACAGUUAUAAUUGAAGAAGUCAUUGACGAAGCUAUUCAUCCAGACUCUCCUACAACAGAAAGUGUGGUUACGAGCAACAGUGCUGUUAAAGGUGGUGCCGCCCCUGAGAUUCAGGAACUAGCUGGAAAGGCAGCCGCUGAUGAAUCGGCUAGCUGA